UUCAGCCAUGAAAGUCCUGGUGGUUGUUUUCGCUGUCCUGGCCGUUGCGGCUGCCCAGUACGCCCUGCCCUACAGCGGACUGGGCUACUCGGGAUACCCGCACGCCGCCGGAUACUGGAACAACUUUGCUACCCCCUACUCCACCUACCCUGGUGCCCCCUACACCACCUACGCUGCUGCUCCCUACACAGCCUACGCCGCGCCGGCCGGUGUCAGCUCUCAGCACUACUCCCUGAGCAGACGCGGGGACUACAGCUACGGCUACGCCGACGGCCUGAGCACCAAGACGGAGAGCAAGAACGCCUAUGGCGCCACCCUUGGCUCGUACAGCUACGUGGAUCCCAACGGCCUGACCCAGACGGUCAACUACGUGGCGGACUCGGCCGGCUUCCGUGCGCAGGGCACCAACCUGCCCGUGGCUCCCGUCGCCGACCUGAAGGCGCCCGUCAACACCCUGGUGGGACCUGCCCCCGUCGAGGACACGGCUGAUGUGAAGGCCGCCAGGGCUGAGUUCCGCAAGCUGUACGCCGAGGCUGCUGCCGCCGUCAAGGCUGCCAAUGCUUCCCGCGGGAGGCGCAGCGCUCCUCUGCCCGUCAGCGACACACCCGAGGUGGUCGCCGCCAAGGCUGAGCACGCCCGCCUGUACAACGCGGCUGCUCUCGGAAUCUACCCUCAGUCGUACGCUGCCUCGAGUCCUCGCUUCACGCUCCAGGGCACGUUCGGCCCUGAGGGCGCCUCUUACGCCUAUAGCACUAUGCAUUCGGCGUUCCCCUACCGCCGCCUGUUUUACUAGGUGCUAUAUCUGUGUGAAAAUUGCUCGCUGUUCAUCUGCGAUAAAAUCAUGACAUUCUCUGUCCCCGUUUUACCAUUUUGCAAAAUGUUUGGGCUCAUUUCUAAUUACACCUGAAGGCUGA